AUGCUUCAGGCGCUCGACUACCUCGCCAACGAAGGCAUGAUUCACCGAGACGUCAAACCUGAGAACAUUCUCUUCGCACCAUCAUCGCCUAGGACAUAUCAAUACAAGCUUGCAGAUUUUGGCCUCGCCAACCUGGCAGACAACGCCCAGACGUAUGCUGGUACCGAACCGUACAUGCCGCCUGAAGUAGAUCUGGACUCCCUCGGGCCUCAGACGGUCAAGAUUGACGUCUGGUCCCUCUUUGUUACUCUAGCGUAUGCCAUGAAUGCGGCCGGCUAUCGGAGGAAGCCAAGGCACACUCGUGAGCAAGUAUUCAAGGCAGUCAGCGAGGCGGCCAACUGGAAGUGGCUUCGACCAUUCCGAGAGAUGGCAAUUGAGGACCCCAACCGUCGAGCGACAGCAGGAGACAUGCUGGACAAGGUUUUCCGGGGACGGGGUCGUACAACUCCCCAAAACUGA